AUGGAACUCAGCAGUAAUUUUUCACAAGUAUCAUAUAAUUUAUUCUCAAGAUCAAUAUCAUCGAUUUCUAAUAUAAACUAUACUUCAAUAGUUGCAAUAGAUUGUUUCCAAGAGAUUAAUGGUCUCUCGUUUAAAGAUAAAGUCCUUUACCAAGUAGCACCAUUUGACCUCAGUAUUUGGUUAAUAUCAUACUCGUUUUAG